CUAGAGUCGCGUGACAAUGGAACCGUAGAGAGGUCGUAUACGUUUUCUUUUCUUGUGAAUUUUUUGCCGGAAGAGUUCGUUUUUACUUUGUAAAUUCUAGUUGCUACCUUUAAUUUUUUAGAACCCUAAAAUUUAGAGCACAGAUAUUUUCCCAGGGUUUUUGGCUAUGGUGAGCCUCCUCCCCUGUCUAGCGGGGAUUCUCACCCAGAUCCCAGCGCGCCCAGGCAUUGGCAUUCGAGCGGAUCGAUCGAGAUCAUCGUCGAGCGCGGUGGCGGUGAGGUGCACGUAUUCCAAUUCCAAUCCGACUCCAUCUCCGGAGCCCGAUUUCAAUGAUAUCAGCGGCCUCUCCGACCUGUCCGACCUCACCACCGAUCCCAACGCGCCCAGGUUCGUGCCCACAUUCUCCAGAGUGGCGCGCCGGGGAUUCGCCAAGCGAUACGAGCUCUUCCCCGGCGGCCCCAUUGACACCCAGGAGGAAGGACAGGAGGGAGGAACGCCUCACGUCCCAGAGGAGAUCAUGGAUCUUCCAAAGGGGCCAACCCACAAGGAGAUGAUCGCUGCGCGACGGCACUAUCUCAAGCGCCAGGCUCGGCGAGGAUUGCUUCCACCGUCGCGGCCCAUCCGGAAACGCUUCCCGCUGGACGAUUCCUUGUAGAAAUCCUAUCAAACUUAUAGGUGAUCCUGUAUAGAACACGAGCUCUUUCUUUUAUAAUCUUACGCGAGACCUAUGAACCCUAAAAGUAAGGAGAUGGUGUUGGGCUCGUGGCAGGAUUCUUGAGAAUGAGUAGCUGUUUGAUCGCUACGGCGCCAUGGCUGCACUAUUCCGCCCCAUUGGCGCCUCCUCCUCUUGCUCUUGCUCUUGCUCCCUUGCAUUCCUUCCCUUUGAGCUCCUCCAAUCCGCGGUAUGGCCACUUGUGGUCUUGUCCAUCUUCUCGGCACUCCAGGAGGAAUUUGGCCGUGGCUGUGGCGUUCAGAGCUUUCAAGACGGACGCUCGCGAGGGUGAAGUUCCCUCCGAGAACCUCGAGGAACAGAGACGAGAGAAGCGCAAGCAGCUCAAAGACCGGAUCGUCUUCGGCUUGUCCAUAGGCUUCGGAGUGAUCGCGCCGGUUGUCGCGGGUGGCUGGCUCUUCGCUUCUGCGGUGUCAUGCGCUAUACUGCUCGGGACAAGGGAAUACUUCGAGCUCGUGAGAAGCAAAGGCAUAAGCCAAGGAACAGCGCCGCCACCAAUGUUCGUGAUCCAUAUGUGCUCGGCCUUCUGCGCAGCAAUGCCUCUGAUGACACUAUACUUUGGGGGACGCAUGGGAGUGUCCGUGACCACCGCAGCGUUCUUUCUGGCAACCACACUACUACUCCAACGGGGGAGUCCACGCUUCUCUCAGCUCAGCAGUGGAUUCUUUGGAAUUUUCUACUGUGGUUACUUGCCGACCUUCUGGGUGAAGCUACGAGCUUUGGCAGUCCCUGCUCUUCAAACAAAGCUCGCGGUUUGCUGGCCGGUUCUACUCGGUGGCCGAGCGCACUGGACAGUUGGUCUCAUUGCAACUUUCGUGUCCUUCUGUGGUGUUAUUGCUGCUGAUACGGGAGCCUUUCUCGGUGGCAAGCUUCUCGGAAGAACUCCGCUGAGUGACGUGAGUCCCAAGAAGACGUUCGAGGGAGCCGCUGUUGGCUUGACUUCGGCGAUUGCAAUCACCAUCUUGCUCUCGAAGUUGCUACAAUGGCCAUCAUCGAUUCUCAACGCAGUAGUGUUGGCGGUGCUCGUCUUCAUGGCAUCUCUUUUUGGUGAUCUCACAGAGUCGAUGAUCAAACGCGACGCUGGCGUGAAAGAUUCCGGAAGGCUCAUUCCAGGCCAUGGUGGAAUUCUCGACCGUGUGGAUAGCUACAUGUUCACGGGAGCUCUAGUGUACUUCUUCGUAAAAAUGGGGAUGCCGUUGUACGGCGUGUAGCAUAUUCUUUCCGUGGCAAUACAACAAGUAUAUUCUUUAGAA